AUGCACAGCAACGGCAAUCACUUGAAAGAUGGAGAGCAGCAAGUGAACAACGACCUCGUAUUCGUAUCAAGUUUCAUUGUCGUCGCCUUGGUCUUAGUUGCAGAUAUGGACCUGAUCCCACCUAUUGUAUUUAUCAUUGUUGCCCAGCAAUCGCAUCCACACCCAUUCAGCUGCUUCCUUCUCAACCAUCACAUCCCUGUGGAACGCAGCAAACAUGCAUUCGGAUUCGGAUUACAUUUCACUCAAUGGAUCUAUGAUUGGGAACGUACUCGGUACCUUGAAAUGAUUGAAGCAGCUAGCACCAAUACGAUUAGAUCAUUGGACAUCCGCGAUAUGGUUAUCAUCGACCUGAUUUUGCAAGCUUUACCUCCAUCACUUGGCGACGUCGUAAGGGAUCAUCAUCUCAACAAGGAUGUAUUCUUUUGA